AUGGAAACUUUCGAUGAGAGAUCAAUGGACACAUCGACGUUUUAUUAUAAGAGUGGAUUCAGUGGUUCUAACAGGAACAGACGAGAAAGCACACCGGUACUCGAUCAAUGGCAAGUAUUCUCAGAAAUUCCCAACGUAAGUCAGAGAGAGAUUCCCAUUUUUGGGAUGCAUCAUCAGCACUAUGAUCACCAUCCAGCGUAUUCCCCUUGCGUAAACCCGUUCCACUACAGUUACGAACCUGGGUUCUCUCCAUAUAUCCCUGGAGUAUCUUCCGUGGUAAAAACACAACCGCUGGCUAAGAAGGCUAAGGGUGAAAAUACCAAAAGAGAUAAGAGACUAACGUGCCGAGAAUGCCAAAGAAUGUUUCUGCGUCCGUCCGCACUGAAAGUCCACAUGCGUAUUCACAGUGGAGAAAAACCAUACAAGUGUCUCUUCUGCCCGCGAGCCUUCAAUCAAUCUGGUAAUCUGACUGUCCAUUUGCGCACGCACACGGGGGAACGACCUUUCAAAUGCACCGUAUGUAAGAAGGGUUUUUCUCAGUCCAAUUCCCUGCAGACCCAUAUGAGGACACACACUGGUGAAAGACCGUUUAAAUGCGAAAGAUGCAGCAAACGCUUUACAGACAGGUAUGUAACUAUCAACUCCAAAGAACAACGCGAGACGAGACGAGAGAAGCCGCGAUGCAAUAUCUGCAAAAGAGAUUUCUCUCGUAAAUCAUCAUUGAUUGUCCACAUGAGGAAACACAACGGUGAAAAACCGUACAAGUGUACACACUGUCCAAAAGCUUUCACCCAAUCAGCAAACUUAAUAACACACGUGCGAACUCACACAGGAGAGAAACCAUACGCAUGCUCUGUGUGCGGAAAGUGCUUCUCCCAGUCCUCUUCUGUCACCACGCACAUGCGCACUCACACCGGGGAGCGACCUUUCAGGUGUGCAGACUGUGGGAUGGCAUUCGCUGAAAGGUAA